UUUCAUGAAGGAGGGGCCUGCUGGAAUUUAAACCCAAAACAAACUGGUCCACUGAUUCUUAAAGCAGCUGCUCUGCAGAGAAAAGUGUCAGGCUUUUCAGCAGAAGCUUCAAAAUAAAAGCCUGUGUUGCAUGAACACCUAUUCUUCCAAAUGUAAUCUUUUAAGGUCAGCUUGAUCAUAACUAAAAUUUAAACAUUAAUGAUUUGUGUUUAUGAAUGUAUCUUUUUUUGGUGAACAGGGGAUGAUUGUUUCCAUGAUUGUUUACAGCUCAGGCAAUUUCCAGUAAACUUAAUAACGUCCUGCUGGUGCACUACAAAUGUCACGGCCAAAUGUUAGCAAGUAGGUAAUAUGUCAAACUUCAACAGAAUCCACAUCUCCAGGAAGCAAUUGUUUCUCAUUGAGAGCUGAUAAUACCUUUAACAAAACUUACUUUAAAUUCCAAGUUUGUGAUGUUUUCUGGCCACUGAAGUUUGAGCCAUUUUUUCUCGUCAUUUUUACAUCAUGUAGACUUAUCCCUUUCACUAAAGGGAAUUGGUAGCAUAACUUAUUUUAUUAUGUUAGUUGGCAUGCUGGCAAAAUGUUGGCUAAUGUUAAAACAGCAGAUAAAUGCGGGUAACCACAGCAAACAGUGACAGUUUAAAGGCCUGUGUUGCUUUCUGCAAUCCAGUUGCAUCGGUUGUGUUAAAAAGCGCAGAGAAUGUGGCUGGCUUUUAGCCAGUCUGGGCUUCGCUUUCUGAUAAUACUUUUUUUCUCCCAAAAAAAGUAAAAAUUUUUACAUUUUAUUUCAGUUUUUUAGAAUGGGAGAAAAUAAAGUUUGUCACAUUGCUUUAUUUCCCUUGACAGCAAUUUUAUUACCACUAAUAUCCCUCUCAUGAGGAUUUCUCUGGCUUGUGUGUAAAAGGAAACAGUUUCCACUGGGAGCAGCUUGACAGAAAGGCAGAGCUCCAGGUCAGGGAGGUUGAAUGAGUCUUCAGUCUGUGAGGGGUUUCCAUUGGAAAGGCUUACUAUGGCAGCAUUUCUUCCCAUCUCACUGCUUUUAUUUUCAGCUUGUGGAUUCUUUGUCUUUGUUUGUGGCCACUUGACAAAUUUCACAUUACCAGUCAACCCAAGUGUGGUUUCAGGUGUAUAUGUUGCCACAAAUAGUCCUUUUUCUGCAGGGACUUCUAAUGCAUCAGCGGUUCCCACCACAGAAUUCACAACCAGUUACAGAAAGUCAACAGCUGAAACCACUACAGAGCGCCCAACUGGGAAGGAAGGUCAGAAACCAGUGAGGAAAAUUCUGAAAACGGAACAAGAAGCAGAUGAAGGUCCUAUGAAAUUGGCAAAGAGAUCCACAAGAAGCCUUAUGGUAGCAAAGAAGCUCAAAAAUGUCCUGAAGAAACCAAAAGUCAUUCCUAAGAAGCCAAAGGUCACUAAAACACCAAAACCAGAGAUCAAAAAGGUUACCAAUCACCAGUCAGCCGCCACCAAAACUGCCUCACAAUGUCCUCCUCUGGGUCUGGAGUCACUGAGGGUGAAAGACGCCCAGCUGAGGGCUUCAUCCUACAAGCGACGAGGCCUGGGACCUCACCGCGGCCGACUCAACAUCCAGUCUGGAAUAGACGAUGGGGAUAUUUAUGAUGGGGCCUGGUGCGCUCGGUACAAAGACAAAAACCAAUGGCUGGAAGUUGAUGCCCAGAGGGUAACCCGGUUUACUGGGGUCAUCCUGCAGGGGCGCAACUCCAUCUGGAGUUGGGACAUGGUCCAAACAUACAAGGUUCAGUUCAGCAACGACACGCUGCUUUGGAAGCCCUGCAUGAACGGGAGCAAAGAGGCUAUAUUUGAAGGAAACCAAGACACAGAAACUCCCGUCCUCUCCCUGUUCGACAGUCCCACAGUGGCACGUUACAUUCGGAUCAACCCUCAGACGUGGUAUCAGAACGGGACAGAGGGAGACAUCUGCCUCAGGGCAGAAGUGUUGGGAUGCACACUUCCUGAUCCUAGUAAUGUAUAUGCAUGGCAGACAGAACCAACAGAGUCCAGAGACAAACUGGACUUCAAGCACCACAACUAUAAGGAGAUGAGAAAGUUGAUGAAGUCUGUGCAUGACGAAUGCCCCAACAUCACCCGUAUUUACAGCAUCGGGAAAAGCUACAAGGAUCUGAAGCUUUACGUCAUGGAGAUCUCAGACAACCCUGGAAAACAUGAACUGGGAGAACCAGAGUUUCGGUACGUUGCAGGGAUGCAUGGAAAUGAGGUGCUGGGUCGAGAGCUUCUGCUCAACUUGAUGCAGUACAUGUGCCAAGAGUAUAAACGAGGAAACCAACGGAUUGUCCAUCUGGUCAAAGAGACUCGCAUACACCUUUUGCCCUCCAUGAACCCCGACGGAUACGAAAUGGCCUUUAAGAAGGGCUCCGAGCUGGCCGGCUGGGCUCUGGGACGUUACAGCUAUGAAGGCAUCGACAUGAACCACAACUUUGCUGAUCUCAACUCAGUGAUGUGGAGCGCCAUCGAGCUGGAGACAGACCAGUCCAAACUCAUCAACCACUAUUUUCCCAUUCCUGAACAAUACACUUCUGAAGAGGCUUUUGUUGCACCUGAAACUAGAGCUGUGAUCAGCUGGAUGCAGAACAUCCCGUUUGCUCUGGGUGCAAACCUCCAUGGAGGAGAGCUGGUCGUCACCUACCCAUACGACAUGACCCGGGACUGGGCGCCGCGCGAACACACGCCCACCCCUGAUGAGAGCUUCUUCCGCUGGCUGGCUGCAGCGUAUGCCAGCACCAAUCAGGUGAUGUCCAACCCAGACCGAAGGCCAUGCCACAACAAGGACUUCCUCAGAUACAACAACAUUAUCAAUGGGGCCGACUGGCACAAUGUACCUGGAAGUAUGAAUGAUUUCAGCUACCUGCACACCAACUGUUUCGAGGUGACCGUGGAGUUGUCCUGCGACAAGUUUCCUCACGCCAGUGAACUUCCCAUCGAGUGGGAGAACAACAGAGAGUCUCUGCUGGUUUACAUGGAGCAGAUCCAUCGUGGAAUUAAGGGUGUGGUACGAGACAAAGACACCGGGGUGGGAAUAGCAGACGCCAUCAUCAAAGUCGAGGACAUCGAUCAUCACAUCAGAUCAGUGGUUGAUGGCGACUACUGGCGUCUGCUGAAUCCAGGCGAGUACCGCCUGACGGUCAGCGCUGAAGGCUAUCUCCCUUCAUCCCGUACAUGUUACGUCAUGUAUGACCACUUCCCCACAAUCUGCGACUUCAGCCUCACCAAGACACCCAGUCGGAGAGCAAAGGACAUUCUGGCAAAGGGGGGGAAACUUCCCAAAGACCUGCAGCUGAGGCUGCGGCAGCUACGAAUGAGGAAACUCCGCAUCACCACCAAGGCCAUCAACCAGCGGCGCGCUGCAGCUGCUGGCAAACGAGCAAAACGUGUCUGAGAGGAAAGCAGGGCUUGGUUCAGAGACACCAAAACUCACUGGAUUUAGCAUUAGAUUCUAUUUUUAAAA